AUCCCAACCACGAGAUUGUCCUGUUCUUUUAAUAUUCUACAACCCUGAUCAAUUCCCAUCAACAACAUGGUGGCUACAACUAUAGUCCCCCCCAACGACCCUCAAAGCCCCCGCUGGCUCCUCGACCUCCAGGAGUGGAGGACAGUACCCUACACCGAUAUCCAGCAAGAGAUUCUCGACGGGGAAGGUUAUGGCAUUGUCUCCUACACCUGGGGCUACAUCGCCGACGAUGGCAAACCCGCUUCCGAUCCCCCUCAGGGUCUCCUAUGGGACGUCCCCGCCGUCCAGGGCUGGACACUCGCCGAGGCACGACAGGUGAUGCAGUCGGUCGGGACUCGGUAUAUUUGGUGGGACUGGAUGUGUGUUCCCCAGAGCGGGGAGCGGAUGAGACCGUGGGAUGAGAAACUCGACUUGGGUAAGGUUCAGGGGGAGGAGAUUGCAAAGCAGAUGCAUAUCUACAAACAUGCGAAGAAAAGCAUUGUUUGGCUCCACGCGACCCUUUGGGAGCGCGAGUCGCCGAUCAAGGACUUGCUUCUCCUGUGCGUAAAGGACGAGGAGGACCGAGAGGAACAAGAGAAUGAGAGGCCAGCUGAGCUGCAGAAACACACCAAUAGCGUGAUGAGUCUUCUGAAGCACGCGCACGAGACGGAGCGCUGGACACGCUCCGGUUGGACUUUGCAGGAAGGCGUACUGUUGCACGAAACGGAGCUCGUCGACCGCCGCGGAUGUCGACUCCCCGGCAAGCACUUCUGGUACGGCGACCAGGCCACCGUCGGGGAUCUUACUGUUCCGAUUACUCGAUUGGCGUGGGAGAUUGCCAUCGCCUACUUCAUCAAGUCGCAGGGGUAUGAGCCGGACGUCGGGUCGCCGAUUCCCAAGCGCACGCAUGCUUUCGCACGGUUGCCG